AUGCCGAAAUACACGGAGGAAGAUCUGGGCAGAGCGAAGAAGCUCGUCGCGGUUGGAUUCACCGUCUACAAGGCAGCCAAGGACACCGGCGUGCCGUACGAGACGCUCCGCCGUCACAUCUUCGGCAUCAACGUCACCGGCUCCACUGGCUCUGGGCGACCGACGGUGCUGACGAGGACCGAAGAGGACAAGCUGGUGGAAAUCCUCGCUUACCUCGCCCGCCAAGCAUUUCCACUGGACACCAGUGACAUCUGCGAUCUGGUCCAGCAGUUCCUGAACAACCUCGGCAGAGAGACGCAGUGGAAGGACAACAGGCCCACCCGCUUCUGGCUGUCACGUUUCAAGGCUCGUCACGCCGGUGUCCUCGCGUCGCGCAAACCGGAGAUCCUCACCAUCACUCGUGCCAAGUCUCUGACAGAGGAAGUGGUUGGCGCCUUCUUCUCCAUGUACAACGGGGUGCUCGUCGACCUGGGACUCGAGGACAAGCCGGACAACAUCUACAACCUCGAUGAGACGGGACUCUCGACCGAUCCGCGCUCGACAAGGGUCAUCGUCCCCAGCAAGUCCCGUGACGCCUACCUGAAGACGGCCAGCUGUGGUAAGGCGACAUACAGCGUCCUCUUCUGCGUGAACGCCACUGGAAACUACUUCCCACCCUUCGUCGUCUACAAGGCCAAACGUGAGCCCUUUGACUCGUGGAUGCGUGGCGGACCGCCAGGAACGGCCUAUGGGACGACACCGUCAGGCUGGAUGGAGGGCAACAUAUUCGAGAGCUGGUUCCAGACCAUCUUCGUCCCAGAGAUCACCAAGAAGCAUGAUGGUCAGCCCACAGUGCUCGUCUAUGACGGUCACGGAUCCCACAUGACGUAUCGGACAGCAGCGCUUGCGAAGGACAACAACAUCACGGUGGUAUGUCUUCCGCCACACACCAGUCACGCCAUCCAGCCUCUCGACGUCGCCGUGUUCAAGCCGGUCAAGGUCGCCUGGGCGCAAAUCCUGAAGCGGUGGCAGCGUGAGUCACGACUCGUCGCUGUCGACAAGUCGGUGUUCCCGACUCUCAUCUCCCAGCUGUGGAAGGAACUGGAUCCGGUCCACGCCGUGGCCGGAUUCCGCGGCUCGGGUCUGUUCCCAGUCGACGCUGAGAAGGUUCGCAGCCGGAUGGUGGGACCCGGGAGCACGUCACGUGAUGACAUCCCGUCACCUGAUGAGGCGCUCCAGGAUGCUGUGCUCAGUGUUCUCAGUCCGGAACAGUCAAGUGAGACGAAGGCGGCCCUGGCCAACAAGACGAAACGCCGCAGCCGAGUUCAAAACAAGAGCGGCGAGGUCUUGACGUCAGAGUCUUCUCUGCAGAGGCUCGAGCUGGAGGCGGCGAAGCGCGCAGAGAAAGGGAAGAAGUCUCCGUCGUCACAGCAGGACAGGAAACUCUCCAAGAAACGCGAAGAGAAGGGAAAGAAGCGGUCUUCGUCGCACAAGAUCGAGAAGCCAUCCGCGAAGCGAAAAGUGACCAAACUGACGACUCGAUCGAAGUAG